AGUCCAAGGCUUCUUUGUCUGGUUCUAUCUCUUCUCCGAACUCUCUUGCUUGACAUUCUCGUGGUCAAAAUGGUCGUCUUCAGCAAAACCGCUGCCCUCGUUCUGGGUCUGUCCUCCGCCGUCUCUGCGGCGCCGGCUCCUACUCGCAAGGGCUUCACCAUCAACCAGAUUGCCCGGCCUGCCAACAAGACCCGCACCAUCAACCUGCCAGGCAUGUACGCCCGUUCCCUGGCCAAGUUUGGCGGUACGGUGCCCCAGAGCGUGAAGGAGGCUGCCAGCAAGGGUAGUGCCGUGACCACGCCCCAGAACAAUGACGAGGAGUACCUGACUCCCGUCACUGUCGGAAAGUCCACCCUCCAUCUGGACUUUGACACCGGAUCUGCAGAUCUCUGGGUCUUCUCGGACGAGCUCCCUUCCUCAGAGCAGACCGGUCACGAUCUGUACACGCCUAGCUCCAGCGCGACCAAGCUGAGCGGCUACACUUGGGACAUCUCCUACGGUGACGGCAGCUCAGCCAGCGGAGACGUGUACCGGGAUACUGUCACUGUCGGCGGUGUCACCACCAACAAGCAGGCUGUUGAAGCAGCCAGCAAGAUCAGCUCCGAGUUCGUUCAGGACACGGCCAAUGACGGCCUUUUGGGACUGGCCUUUAGCUCCAUUAACACUGUCCAGCCCAAGGCGCAGACCACCUUCUUCGACACCGUCAAGUCCCAGCUGGACUCUCCCCUUUUCGCCGUGCAGCUGAAGCACGACGCCCCCGGUGUUUACGACUUUGGCUACAUCGAUGACUCCAAGUACACCGGUUCUAUCACCUACACGGAUGCCGAUAGCUCCCAGGGCUACUGGGGCUUCAGCACCGACGGCUACAGUAUCGGUGACGGCAGCUCCAGCUCCAGCGGCUUCAGCGCCAUUGCUGACACCGGUACCACCCUCAUCCUCCUCGAUGACGAAAUCGUCUCCGCCUACUACGAGCAGGUUUCUGGCGCUCAGGAGAGCGAGGAAGCCGGUGGCUACGUUUUCUCUUGCUCGACCAACCCCCCUGACUUCACUGUCGUGAUUGGCGACUACAAGGCCGUUGUUCCGGGCAAGUACAUCAACUACGCUCCCAUCUCGACUGGCAGCUCCACCUGCUUUGGCGGUAUCCAGAGCAACAGCGGUCUGGGACUGUCCAUCCUGGGCGAUGUGUUCUUGAAGAGCCAGUACGUGGUCUUCAACUCUGAGGGCCCUAAGCUGGGAUUCGCCGCUCAGGCUUAGAUCAACCACUGAAGUGGAGUCUAUAAUCUGCUGAUUGAUCCCUCGACGAUGAACUACAUGUGGAAAUGUAUAGCAGACGAGGGUGAUGGUGAUGAUGUUGAUUUGAUGAUGACCCGUACAUACUUGAUGAAGCUCGGUACAUAUGCAAAUGUGACUGUAUCUAUGUGAUGAAUAUAUAUAUAUAUAUGUAUAUCCAUCUCAUGGCUUUUGGCUAUGAGUGCAGGAUAAACACCUGAAC